UAUAUUGCAUUCAAGAUAAGAUGAAUCCUAAUGUGCAUUCUGUGUGCAGCGAUCUAUCCUAUAACAACUUAAGCUCAUCAGUUGAUUCAGAUUCAUUUUGCCAACGCCAACAAAGUAAAUUGAACUUGUUUGGAAGCUCUUCAGAGGACAAUGCUUCUGGAAUUCUUACCUGCACUGUUUGUCAGCGAAAUGUCUCUUCUUUCCAUAUAAAUUGUGGUGGAACUGAAGUAGCGGUUGAUGGAAAAACAUAUGAAAAGGAUACAGAUUCAGCUGGGUCUUCAAGGCUUUUCAUAAGCCGAACUAAUUGGGCAUUUAGCAGCACUGGUGACUUUGUGGAAGAUAAUAGCCCUACAUACAUUUGGACAAAUACUUCGAGGCUCUCUAUGAAGAAUUCCGAGUUGUACAUGAAUGCACGGCUUUCUCCCCUCUCCCUGACUUACUAUGGUUUCUGUCUACAAAAUGGAAAAUACACAGUAAACCUUCACUUUGCAGAGAUCAUGUUUACUGAUGAUGAAACAUAUUCCAGCAUUGGAAGACGCAUAUUUGAUGUUUACAUUCAGGGAAAGCUGGUGCUGAAGGAUUUUAAUAUUGAGCAUGAAGCAGGUGGGGUUGGUAAGGAAACCAUACAAAAUUUUACAGCAGAAGUGACUAAAAGCACAUUAGAUAUACGGUUCUAUUGGGCAGGAAGAGGGACAACUGCUAUCCCUUUUAAAGGAGCAUAUGGUCCUCUCAUUUCAGCCAUUUCUGUGAAUCCUAAUUUUGAUCCAUCAGAGAAUGGGAGUAAUGCAUCUGUAUCAGGAAAGGGAAAUACUAUAUCUGCAGGCGGUAUAGUUGGAAUUGUGGCUGGAGUAGUAUUUGCUAUCAUCCUAAUGCUGGGUAUUCUUUGGUGGAAAGGAUGUCUACAACACAAUAAUACGAUGGAACAUGAUCUGAAGGGUCUAGACCUACAUACUGGUUCAUUUACCUUAAGGCAAAUUAAAGCUGCCACAAAGAAUUUUGAUGUUGCUAAUAAGGUUGGAGAGGGUGGUUUUGGUUCGGUGUACAAGGGCCUUUUAUUGGAUGGCACUGUGAUUGCUGUGAAGCAGCUUUCUUCCAAAUCAAAGCAAGGAAAUCGCGAGUUUGUGAAUGAGAUAGGCAUGAUUUCUGCCUUACAACACCCUAAUUUGGUAAAGCUCUAUGGAUGUUGCAUUGAAGAAGAUCAACUGUUGCUAGUAUAUGAGUACAUGGAAAAUAACAGCCUUGCUCGUGCUUUGUUUGGACCUGAAUGA